GCAGUUGCUCUCUUCCAUUGUGUCGGUGACUGUCAUGAUGUUCAACUCGUCUUAGUCCCCGCCACCGGAACUAUAGUGCAUCGCGUAUAUCAACCUGCAAAAAGUGAAAAACAUGGCGCCCGAAGGUAGACUGCCAACUUUCCAGCAAUUCCAUUACCCGUAAAGCUUGAUAUAGAUGAAACCGUUUUCAAUAGCUAUAAUAAAAGAUAAUCGUGGUCAACGCAAUCGUGCUCUAUCUCUCUUAGUAUUGCUGCCGAGCCAGUUUGUUCUGUAACACAGUACUGCUGAUCAGAAUAUCAGUGAUUUCAUUGUCACCUCGGUAGUUUUGCUUUGCUGCUUUUGUCGUCAUUUAGUGUAAUAUUGCAAGCAAACAAGUGGUUAAUAACAGCUCAAUAAUUAGCAUGUUACGAAACAGUGAAUGAUGAAUGUGAAAUGCAAAAAUCCUGUCCUCCAAUUUCCAUCGUUCUAGACGAAGAUAAUACCUCUGCCAUACAAUAGAAAAAAUCGAUUAUCAAGAAGAAAAAUGUAACAUGUAAAAGUCGGAGCGAAUGUGUGAUCACUAGACCGGGCGCUAAACUAAACAUAUUGUGUUACUAUUUUCGGAAAAGCCACGGGUUACAACCAGGAACAGGUCCACGAUGAAUGCAGACCGAAGCAAACGACAAUAUCGUUCCGGAAACAACCUGUUCAGCGAUGAUGAGCUGGAAUUAUCAUCGUCUCAGAUACUGGAGAAAGUCAAAUCGGACCGCAUUCCGGCAACCAAACCGGACGAGGAUCGUCGCCGGCGAACGAUCAUCGUUGAAAAAAAGAACGGCUCCUAUGGGUUUACUUUGCAGAGCUACGGAAUCCACUACAAAAAGGAACAGGAAGUUGAAAUGAUCACCUACGUGGACUAUGUGGAGUACGAUGGGCCAGCAUAUCGGGCCGGAAUGCGUGAAGGAGAUGUGAUUCUGUCCAUCAAUGGCUACGAUAUGGAAAAGGCCGAACACAAAACGCUAGUCAACUUCAUUAAAAACUGUGAUAACCGGAUGCGAAUGGUGGUCUUGUUCGAGGAUUGCUGCAGAAAGGUUGAACUACAUCUUAAAUAUAUUCGGCUGCAAGAGCUGUUGAAAAGUAAAAUGAAUGAUCUCGAACGAAUUUGUCUACGUGAGCGUGAGUUGUUGGAAGGAAAAUGGAAAACGCAUAGCUUACCGGCUCGAAAGAAAACCACUGUCGCUAGUGACGAUAUAGACCCAGGCUCCACAACUGAUGUCGAAUCGGCCUCUGGUUCAUCUUUUUGUCGUCCAGCUGCUUCGACGGAGGACGUUAAAAAACUACUUCGCCAAAAAACGUACAUUGUUCCACCACCCGCCCAAUUUAUGUUGGCCUACCAUUGCCUAGACAGCAACUAUCGAUACGUGAUUCAUCCCUCAAACUCAACUGGUGCUAGCGGCACUGCCGACUACUCAUCUGGUACUGCCUCUUUUAAUACUAGUUGUGCUCAAUCGACAGCCAAAUUAUGCAAGGACCAUCAGCAUGUUAUCCGGGGUUCUUCCCUUGACAAUAGUAGUUUAGGUGGUUUAAAACCCGGCAGCGGAUCAGCGACCAGUAAACAGUCAAAGUCUACAUCGCCAACGAAGAGUCUUCACAAUUAUGAUACCAAAACAACGAAAUCCUCAUCGCGUCGCCACCUGCAUGGACAUUCGUGCAAUCCGUGUAUGGGUCAUUUCUUAAGAAGCGGAGAUAAAGGCAACAAAACAUCCGACAAGGACAAUACAAGCUUAGACGCGUACGAUCUCGCUAGCCCGUGCUGUGAUCCUCAGUGUGUUCCCUCACGGCGUAAAUCCAAGCACCACAAAGACCAUCAUCACAAGCAUAAGCAUCGCGAGAAAGAGGCGAAGGAUUGCGGUAAAGAUCGCAUCCCUCGUCCCAAGUCUCAGCCACAUAUCUCACCACAGUCGCAACCCAAUUAUCUGUAUCGCCAUAGCAAAGAUAAGCACGAGCAUCACCACACCAAAGCGUAUGAUCUAAAUGCUAGUCUAACCAGUCAUUGUAGUCUUCAUUCAUGCACAUCCAGCGAAUUCAAUCCAGCGGCUGAAAACUCGCCAGCUUCUUACAGUACUUCUAUCAGCACCGAUACCCUUUAUUGGGAACCGCACAGCGAAGCAACGUCUGCUUCGGUCGGUUCGUCCCACAAAAAGCCUCCGACGAGCAAUUCCGUAGGUCCAAACCGACCGCACACACAUCAACACCAUUAUUACGUUCAGAAAUACGUCAACCCACACACCGGACAGAUACAGCCAAUAACUAUGUACGCCGGUCCACCUGUUCACAAGCCUAAAUCGUGGGACAACCUUGCAAUGAAAGGAAUCGGUGGGUAUGGAUACGGUUACGGUUAUCUAGAAAUGGGAAAAGCCAGUGUCCCGGCACAGACUCGUACCCAAACGACAAUCACUAUUCAACAUCGGAAUUCAAUUCCGAAGAAGAAUGGUUAUGAGCGUUAUUCAGCCUUUGUGGACGUAGAAAACUACGCUCCUCCACCGACUCAGUUCCUACAGGAAACGACUACAACGACAACUACCAUUACUACUAAAUCAACAGAGAAUCUGCUAGGAUCAUAUAACGUAUCGGAUUCAAGUUUAACUUGUGAAUGUUUGGAGGGGCCAUCAACAGCAGCUAGUACUGGGGCUGGUAGCGGUGCAAGUACAAUGGAAAUUCUUCACGACAAAUCAGGAUACUAUUCGAGUUUAGGUGGAAGCGGUACCGGUGGUAAAAAGCAAAUGGCUAAUUUAACUGAAAUCGCACGAUUGUAAAAGGCUUUGCAUAAUCAGUAAGUCCAGGUGCUUUUUAGAAUGCUAGUGACAUUUUCCAAAGGCAACAUACUUCCGUACAUACGUCUUUGUAAGUUUUAUAUUACAGCAAAACAUUCCGGAAAAACAGUUAACUUUAGUAAGCCAAAAUAUUUAGUUAGAUUUUCAUCAACGACCCGUGUAAUCUUUUAUGUAAAGGUUAUCGUGUCGUCAUUGGAUUGCAAAAACAAAAUAAAAAAAAUCGUAACUAGUUCAAGAGCCAAAUACUAAACGGAACCAUCAAGUUUAUACAGUUAUAGCAUAAGUAGGAUGUUACUUAAACAUGAUUUCUCGUAAUAAACGAUUCCCGAACUUCGAAUCUGCUAGGUUUAGAAAGUAUUCUUUUCUGUAUGUGUAGCGUAUUGGAAGAGAUCCACCAAAAAAAAUUAACUCCACAGUGGUAAUCCAGAUCUCGAUCAUUAUUAAUCAUAGUUUUUGCUGUAAUACAAUUUAUUCAAAUGAACAUAAAUAAAACAAAACAUAAGGUCAGAUUCAAAGAGUCAAGCAUGUCUGCGAUAAUAUAUUUGCAGUUUCCACGAAAGGCUUAAAAUCCAACAGGAGAGAAGAAAAAGACCCCAUUAUUGUAAAUUUGUAAUAAUAAAAUGGUAUUUAGAAAAA